AUGUCUGCUGCUAUGCAGGUUUCCGGUGGCUUUUCUCAAGUCCCAGAAGUGUCGCAAGCAGAAAUUGAAUCAUUCCACGACGCGCAUUUCUCUAACUCGGCAGUUAAACUAUUUGUUUUUCAAUUUUUCCGGCCAGAGAAUGAACAAAACGAGGAUCAAUAUUAUGAGGAAUGUGGAGAAUACUACGAAGAGGAAGAGGAUGAUGGCCUCGGCUACUACUCAGAUGGUGUCAAACGUACCUUAACCGAUGAACAAAUCGCCAUCUUCCGACAUUCAGAACUCGAGUCAUUGCGCCGUGUCGAAGCUAAAGCUGCGAAGCUCAGGCAGGAGUCGGCCGCACUGUUGCAGGCAGCGAAGAAGGAAGACGCGUCCGAACUUCACGACGAGUCCUUGCCAACUUUGCCGCCUGUAGUCCAGGGUGGAAACCCCGAGGGCAUUGAGGCAGAGAAGGAAGGUGAGGAGCAAGAUGGUAGCGAGGACGGGGAAAUCGAAGCUGAAGUCCCCACACUUACGAAGGCCGAAGCUAGACGUCUCAAGAAGCAGCGUUCAAAGCGCAAGAAACAACAGGAGCGGAGGUUCAACCCUGAGAAGAAGCCCGACCUACGCAAGAGGACAUGGGAUGUAGUUGAGGCUGGUAUGGACAGCUUAGACUACGACGAACUCGAUGCAGGUCGGGAUGCUGCUUCUGCUCCCGCGGCUCAGAGACGACGUAUUUCGUACGAUGAUUGA